UCUCUUGAAUUUUCAGAAAUAAAAAAAAAGAAAAUUAUCGAAUAGUCUUUCUCGAGUGGAAAAAGGUCACUUUUGAGUGCUAUACCUCUUGACACAAUCACUUGAAAAUUCUCCAAGUGCCUAAAUUGGUAGUUUGAAAUCACAAGAAGAGAUUGUAUGUCAUUUGAAUUGUGUUCGGUGUUACUGUUUGAGAAAAUAAAAGUAUGGCAUCACGAAAUGAAAUUGUCGUGAAAAAAGAGCCAAGUAAAUCACAAAGUAGAUCUGCAAGUCCAAUAAAAUUGCCAAGAAAUGUGUAUUAUUUGGGCAGGACCAUUGGAAAGGGUGAAUAUGGCACUGUUGUACAUGCUAAAAUGCUUACAAAACACCAUCGAAUGAUUGAUCUUGCAUGCAAGAUUGUUGAUCUCAAUAAAACACCCCAAAAAUAUGCCAAACACUUCUUCAAACGUGAACUCAAAAUCCUAUCCCAAAUCAAUCAUCCAAAUAUCAUUGAGACACUCAGUAUCAUUCAUCAAAGCAGUAAAAUCUACAUUUUUAUGCAAUAUGCCGACAAUGGUGAUCUACUGGACUACAUCAAGAAGAACGGAUCAAUUGGCGAAGAACAUGCCCAGAGAUGGUUCAUCGAGAUGCUCGAGGCCAUUGACUACCUGCACAGUAUCGAUAUUGCCCAUCGCGAUCUCAAGUGUGAAAAUAUCUUAAUUUCUCAUACAAUGAAUGUGAAGAUCACGGACUUUGGCUUUGCACGCUACACCACGCCAGAAUCAUAUUCGCGCACCUUCUGUGGUUCAGCCGCCUACGCAGCACCUGAGGUCAUUGUCAAUACGCCAUACAAUCCCAAAAUAUCCGAUGCAUGGUCAUUGGGAGUUAUUCUUUUUGUCAUGCUAAACGGAACUAUGCCCUUUAAGGACGACAAUCGCAAGAAACUCAUAAUUGAUCAGCAAAAGAAAAAUUACAAGUACACUAAGGAUGUUUACUGGGAGAUAUCCAAUAAAACCAGGACAAUUGUAGAUAAUCUCCUUGAAGCAAAUCCCCUUCUGAGAUGGACUGUCAACCAAACACUUAAAUUUGAAAAACUCUUCUAAAAUUCAUUGAAGAUAUUAUGCAAAAUUAAAAAUAAAAAUUUUAUAUAGAAAAAAAUUAUCAAUCUUAAAUAAUUUUAUAUAAAAUUUGUUAAAAUAAAAAUAAAACGGAUGGU